CUUCUCAGUACUCUGUGGACUAGGUGCAGAGGUUCUGUCCUCAACUCAACACUUGCUACAACCUCUAUACAGUCUACUGUCUGUCCACUAUGGAUCUGUCUACCUCUUCCUCCUUGUGGGCCUAUGGUUCUGUCUGGUUCUUCUUCUCCGUUUUGGUCUUUUUUAAAUUUUCCCAUUCUGACAUGGUCCUAACACCUGCUCUGCUGGUGUAUUUCUUCCUCCUGGUGAUCUUUGAAUGGUUCUGUCACCUGUAUCUCCCAAUCGUGCUGGGAAUGGUCCUUCUCAGUUCUGCGUGUUGGUAUGUCCUGAGCAUCGCCUCUCCAAGGAGGAUGAUGCCGGUAGCGGGCAAGGCUGUAUUCAUUACAGGGUGUGAUUCAGGUUUUGGAAAAGCUGCUGCCCAUAAAAUGGAUCAAAUGGGCUUCAGAGUGAUCGCAAGUGUUUUGGAUCUUCAAAGCUCAGGUGCCCAGGAUCUCCAAAAGAGAUGCUCAGAUAGGUUAACCCUUAUUCAAAUGGACCUGACCAAACCUGAAGACAUAAAGAGAGCACAUCAAAUCAUAAGGGAUAAAACAGCUGAUGUUGGGCUGUGGGCGCUGGUGAAUAAUGCCGGGUUCUGUGCUCACUUUGGAGAUGCCGAGCUGUCACUCAUGUCCACCUACAGAGGCUGCAUGGAAGUCAAUUUUUUCGGAACACUUGAAAUGACCAAAACAUUAUUACCAAUGAUACGUUCCUCCAAAGGACGGAUUGUGACUCUUGGCAGCCCUGCCGGUGAACACUCAUUUCCAUUUUUGGCUGCGUAUGGCUCUUCCAAAGCUGCCCUGAGCCGAGUUAUGGACACAUUUCGUCAUGAGCUAAUGCCCUGGGGGGUGAAAGUCAGUGUGGUACAGCCAGGAUCCUACAGAACAGGUGCUCACGACAACAAAACGCACUGGGAGAAACAACACAAAAAGCUGCUGACAAGUCUACCAAGUGAAUUGCUCCAAGAAUAUGGAGAAGAAUAUAUCGGCGAAACCCAGAACUUGUUUCUCAAUUAUGGAAAUACAGCAAACACCGACUUCAGCCCAGUGUUAGACAGUAUCACAGAUGCCAUACUGUCCGAGGAACCAAAAGUGAAAUAUUAUGCUGGCAAACAGCUAUGGCUAUUGUAUUUCAUUGGAAUUUACUUACCACACAGUAUCAGUGACAGCUUCUUCAAAAGUAUCUUCGUAAAGAAUAAGGCUAUGCCGAGAGCACUUCAAAAGCAGAAGAACAACGAAUAAGAGAAACCACCUAUUGCCGUCCUUGAACAUGGUCUCUGGGAACCAACCCGGUGAUUUGCAUUCAAGAACGUUGUAUACAAGUCUAAUUCCUUCUCAUCUCGAUUGAGGAACGUCUUCAUAAUUUUGUACAAUACUGCAGAAAAAGCAUCACUGAACAUUGCUAAUAUGAGAAGGACAUUUCUUUGUCCUGUCUGCAUAAUUAAAAGUGCUUGUCUAGAAGUUCUGGAAAGAGGUUAAAACAUUUCUGAUGAAAAAAAUGUUGGUCUUUGCCGCCUCCAUUGUGUCUUUCAUUCCAGUGAUACUUUCUGCUCUUGAUUGGAAUGGCCAAAUGAAGAAUAUUUUGUAAAUGUCAUAAGUUAUGGUCUGUCUAAAACACAGCAAUGAAUGGAACACUAAGCAAUGAAUGGAACACUAAGUGCUCAUGUCAUUCAUUUGAGCUGAUGACCUCAUUAUGAUUUUGGUCAUUUUUGUGUUAUGUCACAGAUCUGGCUUGUCUAUCUUUUCAGUUUUCAUGAUUGUUAUAUAAUUGUUAUAUUACAUUUUUUUUUAAAUAUGGUUAUGCCAUGAUUGAUG